AUGCCAAACUUUAGCAAUCUCCAACUUGUUCAAGCCCACUCGGCCUUCUUUAUAGCGGGUAUCAAUCUCCAUGUCUUCGUUUUUCGUAAGGGAGAAUGGAACACUUUCACCACUACUCUGAUCAGUGGCUUCACUCUCGGGAUCGCCUUACUCGCAGUCGCCCUAACCCAGUUCGCACCCGGGUUUUUCGAAAGCAACAUCGCCGCCCUUGGAUUGGCCGCUUCGCUUACAGCUUCUCUUAUCAUCGGGAUUUACAGCAGCCUACUGGUGUAUCGCGCGGCAUUCCACAGGCUGAACAACUUCAAGGGCCCCUUUGCGGCAAGACUGUCGAACCUAUGGAUCACCUCCAAGGCGGUCAAGAAGUUGCAGUUGCAUCUGGAAGUUCAAGAACUCCACAAACAAUACGGCGACAUUGUGAGAAUCGGUCCAACUGAGUUGUCUAUCAACAACCCAAAGGCAAUUCCGGCAAUCCACUCAGCCCGCUCCCCCUCCAGGAAAGGCCCCUGGUACUCGGUCUUGGUAAACCCUAUGCUCGCUCUGAAUGUCAUCCGAGACAAGCACGAGCACACUGUGCGACGGAAGACUUGGGAGAAAGGGUUCGGCUCCAAAGCCUUGAAGGACUACGAGUACCGUGUAGCAAACUACGCCAAUCAACUCCUGUCGCAGAUUGAAACGCACAAGGGGACGCCCUUCAACAUGACAGAUUGGUCCAACUUUUUCAGCUUUGACGUCAUGGGCGACCUGGCUUUCGGCAAGUCUUUCCGGAUGCUGGAGAACGGCAUCAAACAUCACUUCAUGACCGAUUUGCACAAGAACAUGGAAUCUGUUGGGAUGUUUAGUCACAUGAUUUGGCUCUUUCCUCUCUUCAAAAACACGCCAAUCAUCAAUGCCGGCCAGAAACGGUUCUGGCACUUUGUCAAGUCACAGGUGGACGAGAGGAUCAAGAACACUCCAGACCGCUCAGACGUGUUCUCGUGGUUGUUGGAGGACUUCAAUGCAAUCAAGAACCCAUCUUGGCAAGACCGCAUGAACCUUUACGGAGAUGCGUAUCUGAUUAUUAUUGCUGGGAGUGACACCACUUCUGCCACCCUUACGUGUCUCAUUUUCGAACUUGCCCAGCACAAGGAGCAUGCACAGCGACUGAGAGAGGAGAUUGACGACUACUUUGCGCAUAACGAAAACCCCGAACACCUCUCGCUGUCGAAGCUUCAGUUUUUACAGGCAUGCAUUGACGAGACCUUGAGGCUCCACCCUACCGUCCCAUCGGGUCUCCAACGGAUGACGCCGCCCGAAGGUAUGGAGAUCGACGGGACGUUCAUCCCGGGCGACACCAUCGUCCAGGUGCCUAACCACACAAUGUUCAGAGAUGAGCGCAUUUUUCCGCAGCCUGACGAGUUCAUUCCUGAGCGUUGGACCACGCGGCCCGAGCUGUCCAGGAAUCCUGAGGCUUUCGUCCCCUUCAACACAGGGAAACACUCGUGUGUUGGGAAGCAGCUUGGGCUCAUGGAGCUCCGCUACGUUGCCAGCCAAAUCGUCUCCCGGUAUGACAUUGAGCUCGCUCCCGGCCAGACGCGCAAGGCGUUUGUCGAGCACCAAAAGGAUGGGUUUACGCUGUCGUUGCCGCCGUGCCAAGUGGUUUUCAAGCCGAGGGCCGACAAGAGAGGGGUUGCUUAG